AUGUACAUCAACAACGCCCCCACCGAUCUCGUCUACAAGUUCGCGACGUUGCCGGAAGUCGAAUCCAUUUACGAGCCAGUUACAAUGACACUCGAUGAAACCCAAAGCAAUGACAAACCAGCCAGUGCUGUGAAUGAUGACAUCGCAUGGGGGAUCAAGAAGAUCCAAGCGCCGGCGCUGUGGGCCAAAGGCAUCGAGGGCGACGGAAUUGUCGUGGCCAACAUCGACACUGGUGUUCGCUAUACCCAUGAGUCCUUGGAGUCGAACUGGCGAAGAGAAUACGGUUGGUUCGACCCGUACAACAAGACGAACCAGCAGCCCAGAGACACGGAUGGCCACGGUACUGCCGUCAUGGGCGUUAUGGUGGGAACGAAAGGUAUUGGUGUCGCCCCCAAAGCCAAGUGGAUUGCGUGCAAAGGGUGCAACUACGAUUGCAAUGAACUCAAGGUGGUGGAAUGCGCUCAAUUCCUGCUUUGUCCCCACAACAACGACGGCAACAAAUGUGACCCCAGCAAAGCCCCUCAUGUGAUCAACGGCAGCUUUGGAAAAUACGCCCGGGACUUGAGGUGGGAAGAUAUGAUUAUAAAGUGGAGAGAAGCGGGAAUCAUUCCCGUGUUUGCAAACGGCAACAAUGGCGUUAAAGGCUGUGCGAGCUCAGAGCAUCCUGGCAUGUCCCCUCAAGUGAUUGGUGUCGGCUUCACUGACUCCAACGAUGCUUUAAGUCCUCAAACCCGACAUUUCGGCUCCUGGUUCCGACAUCCGACCGCAGGACACUUUAGUGACGAUGGUUAUUCGUUGGGCUCUGGCUCGAGCUUGGCCGCGCCUCAUGUGUCUGGAGCCAUCGCCUUGUACUUGUCUGCCCACAAAGGCGCCUCGUACGACCAAGUGUACAGGGCCCUGACCGAGCAUGUGGACACGGACACGUUAACUCCACCCAACAAGACCUGCGGUGACAUUCCCAACACGCAGUAUCCCAACAACCUCUUUGGUCACGGCCGCUUGAACAUCUUCAAGGCCGUGGCUGCUAGCAUCCCCGACCUGACUCUUCCCUCGCAAUCCAAGUCCACCCAAGCCCUGAAUCCGACCAAUGACCUAAGCACCUGUGGCACCUUGGAAGACAACACGCACUAUGUUGGCGGCGACUUGGCUUCGGUCAAUCUGGCGACUGUUGAAUCCUGCUGA